AUGGACCCCCCACCAGCACCACCACCACCACAGAGGUCCGGUGGUCUCAGUCCAACCGGGCGUGGUGCAAGGCCCUUUCAACGCUCAGCAAUCUCCCACAUCUGUAUUCCAGUGGAUCGGUGGAAGGACUAUACUUCCAUGGACCUCCAACUGUUUGGGCUUCCCAUGAACAUUACCACUUGGGAAAUAUGGCGUGCUUUUGACGCCCAGGUUGACGUCCUCACCAUCGACAUCUUCGAGGGCAGGAAUGGGUCCAUGGCCAGGGUCCGCAUUAUACCGCCAGCCACUGACCUGUGGCAUGGAAGACUGCAAAUCCGCCGCGAUGUGCAAGCUAUGGUCGUCUGCCGCGUGGAGAUUGAUCCUCGUGGGUUUAGAUUUCAUAAUGAAAUCUACAGUCCCCUCAACAAUCCGGUUCCAUCCGAGAAAUCCAUUCGAGCAUCGAGCCUCUCCGUUGGCUUAAUGACUGACAAGACCUGCAUGUUGGUAAUGGGAACUAUCAAGCCGUUGCGAAAUCCUGACGACUUGAAACUCGAGAUCAAGUUCACAAAGCGAAGAAUCAAUCUGUUCUUUACAUUAGCGCUACUAGACACGCGAGAUCCCUCCAAGGACUCUUACCGCCACUUUCGCUACAAAGUCGACGUCCAAUUCCGGAACAUCACCAAACUACUUCGAGUCAACAUCAACGAAGAUAGCUGCUUUUUGCUCAUACCACUCGAAUGCCCUCCCCAGUUCUUUCGUGAGAUUGACAACAAACGCAUCACGCAUAACGACGAGAGUCUGACAUGGACUUCUGUCAUGGAUUGGCAGAGACAGGUUCACUUCCGCGAUGAGCCUCAAGUGGCCGAAGAUAUGCCGCUUGGCCUCAACGAAGAGCAUACCCAGUUCAUGGACCUUGGUCGUUGGACUACUUACCGGAUCGAGCUUCUCACUCAGCAGUGGAGCGCCAUGGAGCGCUAUCUAAGCGAUUAUGGAAUUAGUACCCAGGAAACUUCGGACUUCGACUUCGCAAGCCCUGAUGAUCAUCCCACAGUCAUCUGGGACCAUCUGGAGAAGCCACCAAGCCCUGAAAGCGAUAAUUAUGGACUCGAAAUGCUCUUUUCUUCCACCAAGGUUCAGCUGACCUGGGAGGUUAGGUAUCAACUUGAAGCAUGCAUCUCUCACCGUAUGCUGGCCGAGCCCAACAUUACCCUCGAGUUUCUUGAGAAACUUUCCGAAAUGAGGCCUACCAAGGCCAGAAUUAUGCUCGAGUAUGUGGUUGAUAGAAACGUCAAGCUCUACAAUCCGAUGCAGCUUUUCAAGGAUGAAGGCGCAAGCACCUACUGGCCUGAUAUCACGCCGGAAGAGCUUCCGCAGUAUUGCACCAUGACACGAAAGGUUACUGUCACUCCGUCGACGAUGUAUUUGAGUAGCCCGAUGGUUGAAACCACAAACAGGGUUCUUAGACACUACAAUGAACACAAGGAUCGUUUCCUCCGUGUUCAGUUCACGGAUGAACUCCCAACAGGCCGCCUUCAUGCCCCCAAUGACUUGGGCGCUGAUGAUGAGAUCUUCAGUCGAGUGUACCGCGUCCUGAAGAAUGGCAUUCACAUUGGCGACCGACACUACAAGUUUCUAGCAUUCGGAUCAUCACAGAUGCGGGAGAAUUCGACCUACUUCUUUUGCGAUGCCGGCGACGUUACUUGCGAUAGCAUCCGCGCUUGGAUGGGCAGGUUCAGUCACAUUCGUAACGUUGGCAAGUAUGCGGCACGUCUGGGGCAGUGUUUCUCGACCACAAGGAGCAUUGACAGGGUGGCAAUGCCCUGGAUCAAGACAAUACCAGACAUCGAGAAGAACGGCUACUGCUUCACAGACGGCGUUGGCAAAAUCUCUAGCUUGUGGGCUGUUGUCAUUUCCGAGAAUCUGAAGCUGGACUAUAUCCCUUCGGCGUUCCAGUUCCGUAUGGGCGGCUGUAAGGGUGUUCUAGUGGUCUGGGAAGACGUGAAAGGCCAAGAGAUUCACAUACGUCCUUCUCAGCUCAAGUUUGAGACGGACCAUAGUCGCCUUGAGGUCAUUCGCUGUUCUCACUUCUCUGUGGCGUCUCUCAACCGACAAACAAUCUCCGUCUUGACUUCCCUGGGAGUCAAAAAUGAGGUGUUUGAAAGUAUGUUGGCAGAGCAGCUGGCAAAAUACAACAGGGCGAUGGAAGAUGCGACAGCAGCUAUGACGCUCCUGACACAGUACGUUGACGAAAAUCAAAUGACCAACACAUUGGCCCGGCUUGUGAAGGCUGGCUUUAUGGAGUCGCAUGAGCCUUUUGUCUGCACCAUGCUGCGCCUAUGGAGGACUUGGUCAGUUAAGACUCUCAAGGAAAAGGCAAGACUCGUCGUUGAGAAGGGUGCAUUCGUUCUUGGCUGUGUCGACGAAACCAAGACCUUACAUGGCCACUUCACCCAUAUUCCCGCCAGUCCCAACCAGAGGCCCCGCCUCAAUGGCAAUAUGAAGCUGCCUGAGAUAUUCCUUCAGGUCCCUGAUGGCCCUAGCCGUGACUAUAAAGUCAUAACCGGACUUUGCCUUGUUGGCCGCAACCCGUCUUUACACCCUGGAGACAUCCGCGUGGUCCAGGCAAUUGAUGUCCCUCAAUUGCGACACAUCAGGGACGUCGUUGUUUUUGCCCAAACAGGAGAUAGAGACAUUCCUGGCAUGUGCUCUGGAGGAGACUUGGAUGGUGACGAUUUCUUCGUCUUGUGGGAUGAGCGGCUUCUCCCUUUACCUUCGCAGCGCAAUUAUAAGCCGGCAAGCUAUCAUCCCCCUCCUGCCCGAGAGCUUGACCGGGAAGUUACGGCAGAUGAUCUUUGCCAGUUUUUUGUGACAUACAUGAAGAACUUUUCACUUCCAAGGAUUGCUCAUGCUCACCUGGCGCAGGCAGACAAAUAUGGCGCAAAAGACGAGAAGUGUCUUGAAUUGGCCUAUUUGCACUCGUUGGCGGUUGAUUAUCCCAAAACGGGAGUGCCGGCGGCCAUCAGGCCCAGAUUGAUGCCAAAUGAAUUCCCACACUUCAUGGAAAAGGCGCGAGGUCGAUACCACUCAAGAAAGAUUCUAGGGAAACUUUACGACCAGGUCAAACCAGUUAAUUUCCAUCCCGCCUACGAAAUGCCUUUCGACGUCAAAAUUCUCAGCCUGUACGGGGAACUCAGUCAGCAUGGGGACCUGGGCCCUAAGCUGCUCAGAGAGGCAAGAAAGCUCAAAACCCUGUAUGACCAGUCAAUUAUGCGUAUUAUGGGACAGCACGAAAUUGCCACUGAAUUUGAGGUCUUUUCGGCGUUCGUCCUCUCAAGCCGUCGGGUGGGAAGUCAGUACAAACUCGGGGAAAUUGUGGGACAACAAUCAGCUACCCUCAAGACGGUGUUUCGGGAGAAAUGCAUUGCCGCCCUUGAGACUGUUUCCGGGCGAACAGGCAUCAAGCCGCGAGACAUAGAAGCCUUUGGACCUUUUGUUGUCGCCAUGUACAAGGUCACUGACGAGGAAAUCAAGAUUGCACUGCAUGAGUGCAAGACUCGCGGAGUGAAAGCAAACCCCAAGUCGAUGCCCUUGAUCACGUUUCCAUGGAUCUUUGACCAGAUCCUGGUUCAGCUGGUCACUGGUAAAUCUAACCUUCCCUGCUUGACUCCUUCCAAGCUGGAUGCAGGGUCCAUGACCAUAGACUUGGAUCAUCUUCAGCUUCCGAUUCGGUUGAACGAUCUCAGCUACCAAGAAAUUCGUAAUAUCGAGUACGCACGCACGCGUGAUGGACAUGUGAUCCACCGUGGCGUGGUUUUGAACAGUCUCUUUCGUGCCGGAGAGGGUGGCGAGAACUAUGAUUACGAUCUUGAUCUGCAACCUGAUACGGAAAAGCCCGAGCAUAGGGAUGAAGAGCUGACGCACCAAGAACCCCAAAGCAGCUUGGUUACAUUGGACGCAGCUGAAUCAACUACAUACAAGCCGAAAAAUGAAAACUAUGACCUACUGUCUGGCAUUGCCUUCACUCCCGAGAUUUUGCAGGAGAGAAUCAUGACGUCUAUAUGCUCGGCAAGUGGGAAGCAGACGGCAGCAUCAUCUCUGGCUACCUCGACCACGCCGCGGGUAAUGAGGUUAGAAAUAGAAUCGACCAAUGAGAUCGGAGACCUGAUUGAACUCGAGCAGAAAUUGCCGACAGCCAAGGCCGAGACAGCUAUAGGCCGUCUGCUUGAGAUGUUCUCGGACGACUAA